CAGAGAGAGAGAGAGAGAGACAGAGAGAGAGAGAGACAGAGAGAGAGAGAGAGACAGAGAGAGAGAGAGAGAGAGAGAGAGAGAGACAGAGAGAGAGACAGAGAGAGAGAGAGACAGAGAGAGAGAGAGAGAGAGAGAGAGAGAGACAGAGAGAGAGAGACAGAGAGAGAGAGAGACAGAGAGAGAGAGAGAGAGAGAGAGAGAGACAGAGAGAGAGAGAGACAGAGAGAGAGAGAGAGACAGAGAGAGAGAGAGAGAGACAGAGAGAGAGAGACAGAGAGAGAGAGAGAGAGAGACAGAGAGAGAGAGAGAGAGAGACAGAGAGAGAGAGAGAGAGAGAGAGACAGAGAGAGAGACAGAGAGAGAGAGAGAGAGAGAGACAGAGAGAGAGAGAGAGACAGAGAGAGAGAGAGAGAGAGAGACAGAGAGAGAGAGAGAGAGAGAGACAGAGAGAGAGAGACAGAGAGAGACAGAGAGAGAGAGAGAGAGAGAGAGAGACAGAGAGAGAGACAGAGAGAGAGAGAGAGAGAGAGAGAGAGAGACAGAGAGAGAGAGAGACAGAGAGAGAGACAGAGAGAGAGAGAGAGAGAGAGAGAGAGAGACAGAGAGAGAGAGACAGAGAGAGAGAGAGACAGAGAGAGAGAGAGAGAGAGAGACAGAGAGAGAGAGAGAGACAGAGAGAGAGAGAGAGACAGAGAGAGACAGAGAGAGAGACAGAGAGAGAGAGAGAGAGAGACAGAGAGAGAGAGAGAGAGAGACAGAGAGAGAGACAGAGAGAGAGAGAGAGACAGAGAGAGAGACAGAGAGAGAGAGAGAGACAGAGAGAGAGAGAGAGAGAGAGACAGAGAGAGAGACAGAGAGAGAGAGAGACAGAGAGAGAGACAGAGAGAGAGAGAGACAGAGAGAGAGAGAGAGAGAGACAGAGAGAGAGAGAGAGAGAGAGAGACAGAGAGAGAGAGAGAGAGAGAGAGACAGAGAGAGAGAGAGAGAGAGAGAGACAGAGAGAGAGAGAGAGAGAGAGAGAGAGAGACAGAGAGAGAGACAGAGAGAGAGACAGAGAGAGAGAGAGACAGAGAGAGAGACAGAGAGAGAGAGAGA